AGUCUUUAGAAAAAGUUGCGAUGCCACGUAGUCGGUGCGAUUGGCUGCAGGCGUUUCGACGUUUCGCUGGUUACACCGCUGUUUUUUCUACGUGGUAGUUCAGAGGACAUCGCCCUCAUUAUAGGAGGUCAGAUAUCUGGCCGUUAUUAGAGUGAAGAUGAUCCUGGAGCUGUGCUUUCUCUCUGCAUUACUUUUCUGUGUCAAUGGAGCAAAACUCCCGGAGCCGGAGGUGAAAAUAGAAGUUUUGUACAAGCCUUUUCUGUGUCACCGAAAAUCAAAAUACGGGGAUAUACUUUUAGUACACUAUGAGGGAUUCCUGGAGAGUAAUGGCACCCUGUUCCACUCCAGCCGUCAUCAUGGAGAUAAGAACCCAGUGUGGUUCACACUGGGGAUCCGGGAGGUGAUCAAGGGCUGGGACAAGGGGCUCCAGAACAUGUGUGCAGGGGAGAAGAGGAAGCUAACCAUCCCCCCAGCUCUGGCAUACGGGAAGGAGGGCAAAGGGAAAAUCCCACCAGAGAGCACCCUGAUUUUUGACAUCGAGGUCAUGGAAAUAAGGAAUGGCCCCAGGUCACAUGAGUCUUUCCAGGAGAUGGAUCUCAAUGAUGACUGGAAGCUCUCCAAAGCCGAGGUGAAAGAGUAUCUGAGGAAGGAGUUUGAGAGACAUGGAUACCCUGCCAAUGACACCCAUCACGAGGCCAUGGUGGAGGACAUCUUCAAGAAAGAAGACGAGGAUGAGGAUGGCUUUAUAUCCGCCCGAGAAUUCACAUACAAACACGACGAACUGUAGAAGCCAUUCACUUUGCUGCAAUACAGUUCACUCCCUUAGCAAUGUUCAAAUUCAGAAAUACUUCACACUUAACACAGUCCAUUAUCAGUUUAAAUUGUGAUGCAGCAUUUGAAAAUGGAGAUUCCUGUUACAGUCAAUAUGAAUAAGUAUUAUGGAGCAGUUACAUGGUCACCUCAGUGAACUGUUUCUGUUCUCAGAGAUGAGGUGACCAUUCUUGCUCUCUAGCCUCUAUGCACUGAGGAAAGUGUGUGCCUUCUUUUUUUUUCUAAGAUGCCUGUUGACAUGUGGAGCAUACGGGAUAUUUCGAACAUAGAUCUUUUUGCUGUGUUUUUCUACAAAGUGUGUUAUGAAAUUCAGGACUGAAUUAACUUUCAUAAGAAAUUAAAAAUGUUUACCAGUGACA